GGCGAGGCGGCUGCCCCCGCCGCCGCCGCCACGGAGGAGUCCGCCGAGGCGGUGGACGCCGAGAUCGAGGACAUGAAGCGCCGCGUGAAGGAGAUGGAGGAGGAGGCCGCCAAGCUCAGCGAGAUGCAGUCCGAGGUCGAGUCGCAGAUGGGCAAGAACACGGCGUCCACGCUCAACGAGAUGGGCGCGGCCGGAGCGGCGGCCAGCGCGCAGCCCGUGCAGAUGGACGACACGUCCAUCUACAUCGGCCAGGUGGACUACGGCAGCACGCCCGAGGAGCUGCAGGCGCUCUUCCAGUCGUGCGGCACCAUCAACCGCGUCACGAUCCUGUGCGACAAGUUCACGGGCCAGCCCAAGGGCUACGCGUACAUCGAGUUCGCCUCGCGCGACGCCGUGGAGAGCGCGCUCCUGCUCAACGACACCAUGUUCCGCGGCCGGCAGCUCAAGGUCACGCCCAAGCGGCAGAACGUGCGCGGGUUCAACAUGACCCGUGGAGGGCGU